GAGAGAGAGGAGAGAGAGAAGAGAGGGAGGGAGAGAGAUCCUAAAUUGCAUGGAACGUGGAGAGAAGCAGCCCUCUAUGAAGUGCUAACAGACGUACACCACAACCAAGAGGAGAAGACACAUGGAACAGGAUGGGGCUUUAUUGGACUAAUACUUGUGUCCCCGUUCAUUGAUGAUCGCUGAGCUCUGCUCUGACACCUUGCAUCAUCUUGCAUUUGGAAAAGCAGAUUUAUUACUCUGAUUCACCUUGCAGUCACAUUUUGGACCUUGGACACACUACAUCACAAUGGUCAGGUAAAACAUGACAUUUUGUGGCUGAAUCAAAAAUUGUCAAUUUGGGAACCACACACACAUUAGUGUUUAAUUAAGUUGGAAAUUUUCUCGUGCUCUAUUGACACCUGAAAAAAAGUAAGGAAUCUUUCUGAAAAUCAAGAGAAAUGUUGCCCCUGGAAAGUAACCACGAAUGGAAAGGGGGCAAAACAAUGCACUGAAACUGAGGUUUUUCGCAGAAGUAAUAAUCAUAUUUUUUGUGAAUUUGUGAUAAACUAACCCAGACAACCAAAAUAUAAAUGGUAGAAAUAAAUUAUUAUAAUUAGUUACCUUUCCUAACAACUGAAAUCUUCAAUUUCCUCUAAAGCACCUUUUUUCCUUUGUGGAAAUUAAGCAAUAAUAAUUGCAACAACAAGGAUUUGUGCAUCACCUUUAUUUUUACUCAAAUAUUCCAUUCAAAGUUCCAAAAAUAUGCUGUCCAUCAAUCUCCUCGCUCUGCUCCUCGUCCUUACUACCAACACAUGGCUGCUAAACUCCAACCCACUGAACCGGUACAAACGUGGCUUGGCGCAGCGUGCAGACGAGGAGUUCUCCCGCCUCGCCGGUGAACCUUGCGCUGUCUCCGGCUCCCGGAGAGCCCUGCAGCAGCCGCGAUCCUUCUCCCCGGCUCAACACCGCCAUUCAGUGGCCAGUCCGAGGACCAACCGGCGACAGCUCCAUACUGCCACAAGCGCUCCUGUUGGUUGCGAAGGAAGGUGCAGGUUUGACACCCCGGUGGAGAAGGGAACUCGGGGUGCUUCACAACUGAGAAAGGAGCCUGAUACUUUGCCUGGAUAUUUUCACCAAAAUAGAGACACUCAGCCUUGGAUCUUAUCACAACAAGAUGAAAGUCAAAGUCAACCAUCACGGGGCUCCAGGUUUGAACGCAGCACCCACGAGGGAAACUCGAGCUCCCCUGGAAGUUCAGCUUCUCCAAAGCUACCGGUUCCUCAGAAAAUCCAACAAGAUGACAGCAUUAGAGCUUCCAGUGGUCUGGAGGAUGGGAACGAGGACUUCACCGGAGAUGUUGAUCCUUCCACACGCCAGUCUGUCAGCAGCACGUCUUCAUGGGUCAAACCCGUGCCAACGGUGCCCCCCUCUUGGAUGACGACCCUGUACUUCACCGGGCGCCAGGAGCAGCUGAGAUUGAAGCCCUCUGCAGGGAUAGAGCUCCCCAGGGAGAAGUUUAGCUUGGAGCUAUGGCUGAAUCCAGAAGGUGGGCAGAGCAACCCUGCAGUCAUUGCAGGUGUCUAUGACAACUGUUCCCAUUCACUGAGUGAGAAGGGCUGGUCAGUAGGAAUUCGCACCAUGGAUUCUGCAGGCACCAAAGAUGCACGGUUUUACUUCACGCUUCGCACAGACAGAGCCUUGAAAGCUACCACUGUUGUUAACCACCAGCAGUACAGAGCCAAUGUUUGGACUCACCUGAUUGUGACUUACAAUAGCCACAACAUGACCUUGUAUGUUGACGGGGCCAAGGUGGGAGAAAGCAAUCUCCAGUUGGGAAAUCUCUAUAGCCCCUUCAUGAAGUCCUGCAGAACCUUCAUCCUGGGCAGUAACCAACCAGAGCAGGGACAAGGCUUUAGAGGCCAAGUAGGAGGCAUAGUCUUGUGGGACUAUGCCCUAACUCAUGAGGACCUGCAGAUGCGACCUCUCCCAAAGAUGGAGCCUCUUGUGGCUCUGUGGGCUGACUUUACAAAUGUGGAACAGAUGUGGACUCCUUACAAAGUUGGAUUUCAUCCAGCUGUCAUCACCACUCCAGUCCCCGAUUUAGAGCUUGUCUCCUCUUUUUUGCCACCACCCUGCGGGCUUACACCUUGUGACAACACUGACAUAAUUUCUGGCUACAACAAUUACUGGUCGCUCCGUUCACCCAAACACGUCCGCUACAGGAUUAUUAACCUCUCCAAUGAUGAUGGCGGAAACCCAACUGUGGUACAAGCACAGAUUCACCUCCAACACCAGGCUUUGAUUGAUGCCUUUCGCCCUUACAAUAUCACCCUAGAGUUGACUGUACACACAGUUCAAAACAGUAGCCUCCGGCAGCGUUUUAUUCUUAGCAACUGUCGAAUUGGGAAAAUUGGAAACCGCCAUUGUGAUCCAGAAUGUGACCACCCAAAGACAGGCCAUGAUGGAGGGGACUGCCUCAGGCUAGGGCCCUGCUACAAUUGGAAGAGACAGGAUGGAGUUUGUAACAUGGAAUGUAACAGUAUACACUAUGACUAUGAUGAUGGAGACUGCUGUGACCCAGAAGUGACAGAUGUUCUCAAGACCUGUUUUGAUCCAGAGUCACCCAAUAGGGCUUAUAUGAGUGUGAAAGAGCUUAAAGAGGAGCUUCACCUGAGUGGCAGCGAGACCCUUAAUGUUUUCUUUGCCAGCAACUCUGUACGAGAAGAGCUGGCAGGAGCUGCAACUUGGCCAUGGGCAAAGGAAGCACUUACGCAACAAGGUGGAAUGGUCUUGAAUCCAUCCUACUUUGGCACACGUGGACACCACAACACUAUGAUCCAUGAAAUGGGCCACAUAUUUGGACUGUACCAUGUCUUCAAGGGAGUGAGCGAACGAGACUCCUGUGAUGACCCGUGUCAGGAAACCACCCCAUCCAUGGAAACCGGAGAUCUGUGUGCUGACACUGCGCCAACACCCAAAUCCAAAGCUUGCCAUGAUCCCGGACCUGUUAAUGAUACAUGUGGCAUCACCACAUAUCAGGACACCCCUUAUAGUAAUUAUAUGAGUUACACUGAUGACAACUGCACCAAUCAUUUUACUCCCAAUCAAGUAGCCAGGAUGCACUGUUAUCUUGACUUGGUCUAUCAGAACUGGUUGACAGAACGUCGACCUGCUGCCGUACCUCUCCCAGCAAUGGUGACUGACCAGAGUCAAGAUUCAGUCUCAAUUUUUUGGGUUGCACCAUUAACUGGGCUACUCUAUGACAGCUCCCCCUCCCAUGUGGCUGCCAUCAACUGUGGGGAGUGUGAUAAAAAUGGUGUUUUCCACCAAUAUGCCUAUGAGGCAGCUUCAACUCGCAUCUGUGACACGUCUGGCUACUGGGCACCUGAUGAGGCUAUUGGCCCACCUGAUGUUGAGCAGUCAUGUGAGCCGAGUCUCCAAGCAUGGAGUCCUGAACUUAGCCUUUACGAUAGUAACGUGACAUCACCUUGUCCUGAAACGGAGGGCUGUACCCUUACACUAAAAUUUCGCUACCCCAUUGUUCCACACACUCUUACCCUCUGGAUAACAUAUGUCUCAGCAAAUAAUCCUGCUAUUGCGGACAUAGAGCUGAUAACAGACACUGGUAAAACUAUGAACCUUGGACCACAGCACGUCUUCUGUGACAUGCUCUUCACCCUGCGCCUCGAUACCAACAAUGUUGCCAUCAGUGCCAUAAAGCUCUGCACCUUUGAUGAGAAGAUGGAGAUUGAUGCCGCAAUGUUGUCUUCUGGCCCCGGUAGUCAUCUCUGCUCUGGCUGUCAACCUUUGCUGUAUCGGAUUCACCGGCAGCCAGCCUUCACCAGCAAAUUGCCAUUACCUCAGACCCAGCAGACGUUCACGGACAGAACUGUAAAAAGGGGAGAAAGGUAUGAGUACACGAUUCAAGUGGAGAUUGGAGGUCUUCUCAGCAAUUCCUCCCCAUCUCUUUUUUACACUCAUGGGCAGCCCUACUGCGGCGAUGGUGUCAUUCAAGGGGCAGAAGAAUGUGACGAUGAUAAUCUGCUAGAUAGCGAUGGCUGCUCUAAGAAGUGUUACACGGAAAAGGGCUUCAACUGCAUUGGUGAACCCAGCCAAUGUUAUGUUUUUGAUGGGGACGGCGUGUGCGAAGAGUUUGAACGUGUUUCCAGCGUUCAGGACUGUGGUUAUUUUACACCUUUGGGUUACACAGACCAGUGGGCAUCUACUGCUACUGCUUCUCAUCAGGACCCGGACCACUGUCCCGCUCACGCAGCCACUGGCGAACCAUCAUUUAAAAAACUCUGUAGGUACCAGUACAUGGAUGUGAGUGAAAAACUGCCCACUGAUGCAUGGUUCCCUUGCACAGCUCAUUCUGACACAAGUAAUGACCUGGAACAUCCAUUUUGGCUGAAGGUAGGAUUUGCCCAUCCCGGAGUGGCAGCUUCUGUCAUGGUGUAUCUGGCUUCAGAUGGGUCAUGGAGCGGGGAACACUGUCAGAGGACUGUUACAAUCCUGCUUUCUGAUACAAUUGGAAAUAAUCAUUCAUUAGGAACGCAUAACCUCUCAUGCCAUCGGAACCCAUUGGUGGUUAACGUGACCCAUGACCUCUCUCAACCUUUCUACCUCACCUCAUCUGUUAUCCUCCUCUUCUCCUCCUCAUCUGUGGCAAUCGGGGGCAUUGCCCUAAGGACGUCCUGCCACUUCAGCACCUUCGCCGUGACUGGCUGUUUGAGACAGACAUGUCAAAUGGACAGCUGCAGCCCGCCCCAGAUAGAACAUGCUUCUGUCAGGUGUAUUGGAGGUGGGCAGUCGUCUCACUGCACUGUUCAGUGUCACUUUGGUUUUAGCGUCACUGUCCUUAACGGGAGGGAAAUUCCACCACACCAGAGACAAACAGAGACGGAAUGUUUUCAUGGUUUAUGGAAUCGCGCAGUUAGCUGCCAGCCUCUCGACUGUGGCCUGCCUGAUCAGUCUCAUGUGUACCAUGCCAUAUUCAGUUGUCCCUUGGGAACGACCUAUGGAAAAGAAUGCUCCUUUACUUGUGGCUCACCGGCAAUACUUCAAGGAGACAAUGACAGGUUGGUAUGUUUGGAGGAUGGUUUGUGGUCUUUUCCAGAGGCUUAUUGUAAGAUCGAGUGCACGGAGGCUCCAAACAUCCCCAACGCCAAGCUGCUAACGGCAGAGUGCCUGUCCUCAAGCCAUGAUGUUGGCUCCACCUGCCGUUUCAAAUGCAACCCAGGCUUCUAUGUAUUGGGAAGCCUAAAAAAGAAGGCACCAAGGAAAUACUUCCAGACUGAGUGCCUAGAGGAAGGGCAGUGGAAGGAUACCUCAUGUGAGCCCAUAUCUUGCCCAGCCUUACCUGGUGUUUUCCAGGGCAUGUAUGAGUGCACCAAUGGCCUCUACUAUGACACGCUCUGUACGCUGCAGUGUCCAGAUGCGAGAGAAAAUAUUGUAAUUCGCUGCACUAAAGAUGGUGAAUGGACAGCACAAUUUACCAUGUGUUCCACACUCCAAGGAUCUUGCUCUGCUCCAUCUGAUCUAAAUUCUGUAACGUAUAGCUGUAAUGGGAGCAUGGAAAUUGGUGCUGUUUGCUACCCAACAUGCAUUUUGGUUCUUCAUGACCCAGUGGUUCUGCCCAAUGGCUCUACAGUUAGUUCUUUAAAACACUGGAUGCUUCCCAUCAAACUUCAGACCAUUGUCUGCACGGGGAUGAUGAAGUGGUACCCAGCCUCUGAAAACAUUCAUUGCAUUCAAUCAUGUGAGCCUUUUGAUGGGGAUGGUUGGUGCGACACGCUCAAUAAUCGGGCCUAUUGUCAGUAUGACGGAGGAGAUUGCUGUCCUUCUACACUAUCGUCCAGAAAGGUCAUUCCGUUUGGAGCAGACUGCAAUCAAGAUGAGUGCACAUGCCGUGAUCCGGAUGCCAGGGAAAAUAAGAGCAAAGGCAAGGACCCACAAGGGGGAGGAGGAAUCCCAUAAAAUAGAUGAGUGCAAGCAAGUCAAGUGGUGUAACAUAAGUCAAGCUGUCGAUAACAUACACAACAAGCUCAAAUAUUACCUUAUCAUGUACUUUGCACACGUUUUGAAGGCAAAGACGUUCUUUUCAAAAAGGUCAAUGAAAGUGGUUAAGCACCUUUGCCAUUGCCGUCAAUAGGUAAAUAAAAAGAGAUUACAGAAAUAGAAUGUAUUAUAAUGAAAUGAUGGGAACUCAAAAUGGUGUAGACAUUUUCUGCUGCUACUAUGUAUCUAACUCAGCAAUGGUCAGAAUGGUUUUAGCUCAUCCUAGGACUUGUAUUAAUGACUAUUAACCUUAGAAAUUGUUAAGACAAAUGUGUAUCGACUAAAUCAAGACAUGUCUCCAAUACGUAUUUACUAGCUGAUAUGUUGAAAUCAUCGAUGGUAACCGUAAUUAGUUUUGCAUUUCCACGAAAUUCAUAUCAUUUUCGCAAGCUUUUAUUACUGUACAAAUGGAACUGUAAAGUUGAGCAUUAAACAAACUGUACAAUGUGAAAAGAACUGCUCUUAAACAUUGUGGAUUAUCUAUGUGACAAUUGGAGUUGGAAAAAUGAACCGUACAGUUCCACAUAAGAUAUCGAUGCGAAACACCCAACACUGUUGUAUUCAUGCAAGAAACAUACAAAAACUGAAAUCAUGUAUCCAAAUAGUUAAUCCAAACUUGCAGAUAAGUGUAACCAUGUUCAGUAUUCUACAGUACUCUAUACACCUUAUUGAAUAAAUUGAAACAAUAUUUAUCUUUUUCAGUGGUUUGACUUUUGUUCUCUAUGUCGAAAUAUUGUUAAAUGCUUCAAAAAAAAAAAAAAGUCCAGUGCCAUAUUCACGAUAAUUCCCCCUUUAUUUGGCUGAAUGCAGUUCAACAGAUGCUUAAAGUGAAACUCAACCCAAUAUUUCAAAAUGCCUUUACUUUAAUAUUUCCCAAAAGCACACAACUGCGGUAUUGUCACCUUCUUAAACUCUUUUUUUUUUUUAAGAGUGUAACUGAAUCGUUUGCGUGAAUUUAAUACAUAUCUUCACGCACGCACACACACACACGUGUGUGUGUGUAAAUGAAGCUGCUUCAUCAGUUGUACUUGAUCACUGAAAUUGGUCUAAUCUCAUCAAUUGAUUUUGAAGUGGGAACAAAUAACAUUCCUAUAGCCACAUUUCAUGUCUUUAUUCAUGAAAAAAAAAUGUAAUGUUAACUUGAUGACAGACACAUUUAAAGACAGAAUCAUGCAAGUACUAGUUGGUCAAGUGUCUUGAUUUGUUUUUUGUGUCUCUCAAUCGGUUGUCAUAAUCCCUUUUUAGCAACACAAUGUUGCAAAGUCCUAUGAUCAGGCAAGUCCUGAGUUUAGUACAAUGUCUCACAAUAGCCUAUUUGAGUAUAUUCAGAAAGAAAUAAACAGGUCUGCUUUUCACAUUAGUACUGCAAAGACUGAGCUACACAGCAAAUAGGAUAAUACAAGUAAUCAGCUAUCUUGUGAAUCGCACAAUAUUUUUUAAAACACUUGUUGUGUACAUAUGCAUAUACAGAGGUAAAACACUACGUUGGUACAAUGUAAUAAUGCAUGUGUAAAACACAAAUAUCUAGCAUUCAUUUUAGUAUUCAGAAAUUUAUUAGAAAUUAAUAACACCUAUACCUUUAUUUGACACUUACCUUCAGGCCACUUCAGUAAGAUAAAAAAAUAAAAAGUACUCGGACAGUCUCCCUAAAUAUAAUCAAAGUUUACGCAAAAAUAAUCAAAGUUCAAUAAGAAAGAAGGUAAUAAACAAUUUGUCUUUCUACAUUGAAAGUAAUGAGUUUCAGUUUUAACCACAGGAACAUAAAACAUACUUUCAGACACAUAUUGUAGGUAUGACAGUAAUUUCUGUUACAACCUCAUUCAAAAUUAGCAACCAUAAAUUGUACAUUCAGCAAUUUGACUCUAAAAUUCUACUUGAGUGGUAUGUAUUGUACAUUGUUCAAGCUAGUAACACAGCAGAUUUUUUUUUCUCACCACAUCAAAUUUGCCAUUUCAUGCCUUGUGUAUACCCGUAGCUACAAAUGACAAGCAGAAUCUCCUGUAAAAGCAACCAAGGUACUCAAUUUUUAGUGCUAUGUUAUGAUUCUUUUGAAAUCCUGUAUUCAACAAGGUGAAUUUCAAAUACAGUCUCUGAUGAGAGCAAAAGUUGUUUCAUUUUUGCAGGAUUACAAUGAAACAGGGUAUUAUUGAGAUGGUGGCUGUCUAUGAUCUGUUGACUUUAUUUACCACCGUAUGGCCAACAACUAUCAGAACGCCAAUUAAUAUUAAUUGUUGACACUUUGGCAUGGACCCUGCUGAAAACAGACCACUUUGGCCCAUUUGUUCCAGUAAAUUUAUAGCUCCAACUUUUCAUUGGCUUUCUUAUGUUUUGUAGCAGUGCAGACAAAUUAUAUGUCAAAAUGGACUGAUCUUUAAAUUAUAUGCGAAUGCAAAUGAUAGCAGUAGGUUUCAGAUGUUUGUAUGAAGUUAGAAUUACAAAUAAAUAUUUGUGAAGUGUUUUAUUUCAGCUGUGUCCCGCCCUCAUUCAUCUCAACCUCACUGCAGCUACGCUGAGCUCCAUAUCUCUUUCUCCUCAAAGUUACAUUUAUGAUAACAGCGUGAUUUCUCAAUUAUAGAAUGAA